AAGAAGAUUAGAUUUGAUUCCAACUGGAUUAAAAAAGAAGGGAUUGGAGAUGUUAUCAAAGAAGCUUGGAACCAGCAGCAAGAAGGGACUCCUAUGUUCAGAGUCCAUGAAAAAAUCAAAACCACAAGGCUAGCCUUGCUAAUCUGGAACAGAGGCAUCCACACAAAUGCUGAGCAUAAAAUCAAGAGGCUAUCUUCUCAACUGGAAGACAUGAAAGAUCUGGGUGGCAACAGGGAUUGGAUGGAAUGGGACAAACUCAAAAAAGAGUUGGACAAAGCUUAUGAACAAGAAGAAAGCUUUUGGAAACAAAGAUCUAGAAAUCAGUGGCUCAAGGAGGGAGACCGUAACACGAGAUUUUUCCAUGCUUUAACCCUGCAAAGAAGGAAAAAAAAUGCAAUUACCAGACUCAUUGAUAGAGAAGGAGAAGUCAGAGAAUCCCAAGAGGAGAUAACAGCCUGUGUUCUGGACUUCUACAAACUCUUUUUCACUUCCGAAGGCUCAGGGAGAGAGAACCUAUUGCUUCCUCUUCUUCCUCAGGUCAUCUCUGAAGAGGACAACAACAACCUUAUUGCCAAAGUGGAGGAAUCAGAAAUCAAAGAAGCUCUAUUCAGCCUCAACCCAGACAAAUCUCCGGGUUCUGAUGGUAUGUCCCCAAAAUUCUUUCAAACUUACUGGGACAUCAUUAAGCAAGAUCUAU